AUGGAUGCCGCCGCGGGGUCCAUGAGCUUCCUCUUCCUCAACCUGCGCAAGCUCCUGAAAGAGGAGUGCAACAUGCCAGCUGGCACGAAGGUGGAACUCCAGUCUAUGAAGAAACAGCUAAUGCUCUUGGCAGAUAAGGAGUAUAACAUUUUAGGCGAUGUGCGGGUGGAUCAGGUCGAAGCGGCAAUCAGUGCUUGGUUAUGCCACACCAAGAAGCUGUUGUUUGACGCUGAGACCCUCGUCGACUCCUUGUUGGUGCCCGCUGGGUGCCCUGAGCCCACCGCUAACCCGGAUGACCCUGAAAGCACCAACAGUGCAGAAAGAGGGGUGGUCGACUCCUUGUUGGUGCCCGCUGACUCUGAGUGCCCUGAGCCCACCGAUAACCCGGAUGGCCCUGAAAGCACCAACUGUCCAGAAAGGGCAGAUGCCAGAAUCAGAAACAUCACGGAGCGUGGUUUAUCGCUGAUGGGUUUACUUUCCAAGCAAGGCGAAUACAUACAGGCUCUGUACAAACAGGAGGAAGAGGCAGAAGAGCUCGUCGGCAUUGACAGGCCGAGGGAUGAGUUGAUCAAGAUGUUGGCAGAGGGAGAUGACACUUCAGAGAAGCAACUGAAAAAGAUCUUCAUUACCGGUAUUGGAGGAUCAGGGAAGACAACUCUUGCCCGAGCGGUGUACAAUAAGCUUAAACCGCAGUUCGACUGUGGGGCUUUUGUUAGGGCCCCUGGUUUUGUGUACCAUUACAUUGAUGACCGUGAAAGUGAGGACGUUGACACCAGUAACGUAGAGGGUCGCCUGAAACAUGCAUUUUACUUGGAGAUGCUCUCUCAACUUGACGUGGAAAAUCAUAUGGAAUUCAACAAAAGUGCAUUUGGUUCUGGCGUUCCUGAUGAUGAAAUUAGAGAACUUCUUCAAAACAAGAGGUACCUUGUUGUACUUGAUGAUACAUGGGACUUGGAACAAUUCGAUUGCCUCUUACAAAUCUUGCCAAAUAAUGUUCACGACAGCCGAAUAAUUAGUACAAUUCGCAUUGAUAAGAUUAAUCGGUUGGGUUUGUCACUCUCUGAUGAGUCGGUAUAUAAAAUUAAGAGUAUUGGAUACCCAGAUUCCAGAAAGCUGUUUCUAAAGCAAUUCCUUGUCUGUGACUGUGAGGCCUGUUGCCCCAAUGUACCUACAGACGUUUUAAAUGAAAUCUUGAAGAUGUGUGGAGGUUGGCCUUCAGCAAUAAUAAGUAUAGCUUUGGUACUAUCUACCAGAGUAACCGCAACAAAGCCAUGGGAGGAGAUGCUGAAUUCUGUAUAUUGUGUUUGGAGGCAGAUGGCAAGUUUUGUAGAUUUUAAAUCUGAUCGUAAUUUUGAUUUUGAAGAAUUGAUACAAAUUCUAUUACUUCCCUACAGCCACCUUCCGAGCACUCUGAAGAAUUGUUUGCUAUACUUAAAUGUACAUGCAAGGAAUCAAAUGAUUCAUAGGACUACUAUGGUUACGAAAUGGAUUGCUGCAGGCUUUAUCUCUGAAUAUGUGGGGCCUAGUCAGGACGAAUUAGCAAGCCAGUACUUUGAUGAACUCAUCGACAGGAAUUUCAUUCAGCUGGUGGAAUAUGGUAACUAUUUGGGGGAGGAGAUAUAUGAAGUUAACUAUAUGAUGCAUAAUGUUCUUAGGAGGUUAUCAGAAGAAGAAGAUUUUGGUACUGUCUUUUCCGAUGGUGGUACUUCAAGGGAAUAUCUAGAGUCUAUAUGUACUCUUGAUUCAAGACAAAUGUGGGUAAGUGCCAUGGAAGAGAUCAGUGGGCCGACAGGAGUAAGGGAGCUUCAUAUAGUGUUGCAUGAUCAGCCUGCAGACAAUGACCAGAACCAUAAGUUACUGUCUUCCAUAGGCAAGUUCGAGAAUCUUGAAUACCUUAAAAUUCAUGGUGACUACAAUCCGAGCGACGAAUUUCCUGUAUCCCUCUAUUGUCCUCUACUUGAGAGGCUGAAAAUAGCAGGAAGAUUUGUCAAAGUUCCCAAGUGGAUUGCACAGCUUAGUACCCUGAAGAAGCUAUAUGUCAGAGUCUGUAAGAUAGACCGAGAUGAUCUGAAGAUACUUGAGCUCUAUGCUUGCCCAGGUGAUAAGUUUCCUUCAGGUCUCACCAACCUUCAUAGUCUUGAGAAGAUUAUGCUCCAGUACUCAUCAGAAUAUGCAAGCAGCGGAGGUAUCACAAAUGUAGUUGCUGUCAUGAAGGAAGAGGCUUGUAGCCACCGUAAUCUGAUUGAUCUCUCAGUCAAUGGCAAACAUGAAGAUUUCCCACCCAACACCAGGGUUGAAGAAACGAUAAGUGAUAACGGAAUCGAAGAGGAUCCGUUCCGUGGUAAUGGUUACGACGAGCCGUUUCUGUCCAACACCAGGGUUCGUGAAAAAAUAACUGGUAUUGAAAAUAAAGGGGCUUCCAACCAUGGUAAUCUGAUGGAGCUUUCUGUCGAUGGAGACCGUGAGGUGCCGCUGUCCAACACCAGGGUUCAUGGAACAAUAACUGGUACUGAAAAUAAAGAGGCUUCCAACCAUAGUAAUCCAAUGGAGCUUUCUGUCGAUGGAGACCAUGAGGUGUUGAUGUCCAAUGCCAGGGUCGAUCAAACAAUAGGUGGUACUGAAAUCAAAGAAUGCUAUUAG